GUUCAUCACACCAUGCCGCCAACAAAUGUAUACAUUAUCGGUGCUCAGUGCACUGGCAAGACGACCCUGGUCAACGCCUUGAGAUCCUCUUUCAAGACCACUUCAGAUAUCUCACCUCCUACAAUUGUUGAAGAAGUCGCACGUUCUGUCCAGAGGGUGCACAAAUUUACAGCGGCCGAUAUCACCUCGUCGCCUGACCGCUGCUUAGCGCUGCAGACGCUCAUCUUAGAAACUCAACGGGAUGCGGAGCGGGCGGCCUUACGAGACCAGCAGUGGAUCAUCUCGGACCGCUCUGGACUGGACCCCAUUGUAUACGCUCAGCGCUAUUUAGGGCACGAAACGGCAGAUGCCAUGUUAGCAAGUACCGCUUGGCAAGAGCUACGAUGGAGAAUGUCAACGUCGUUGAUCUUGGUGUGCGAGGCCGGCACCAACUGGCUUGUAGAUGAUGGCGUGAGGCUCAUGCCCCAAGACAGAGACGACUGGAUUGGCGUUCACCGCGAAUUCUGUCAGGUCCUGGAGAUAGUAGGCCUACCCUACGAUGUUAUCCCUUGCACAUUGGCAAGGAUUGACGACAGGACCGCCUUUGUGUGGUCCAAGUGGAGAGCGGCAGCACUCCGUGAUAGCCAUGGACCGAUGCUGGAGGCCAAUGGGUGUAGCUAGCUGCCAACAUCACGUUAUAUGUUUGCCCGGCCUGCAGAAGCCAGGCCAAGGCAUCUUCAGAUAUUUAUCAGUAUCCCUGUGCGGAACACUC